AUGGAGGGGAAGAAUGGCACCAACUCCACCAGGGCCCUGAAACUUCCAGAUGGGACCAGCGCUGCCUGGUACAUUCUCACCAUCAUUGGCAUCUACGGAGUGAUUUUCCUCUUCCGAUUGGCCAGCAACAUCCUCAGAAAGAAUGAUAAAUCCUUGGAAGAUAUCUACUACUCAAAUUUGACCUCUGAACUCAAAAAGAAAAAUCUCCAAAGCAAGGUGGCCAAAUGCUCUGCACUGACCUUUAGCAACAGAGCUGUCCUGCAGUCCAACCAGGCCAGCCUGGAACCAAAAUGUAAAAACAGUGGGUGCCAAACUGAAAUCCAAGGGAUCCCUUGA